UAAAUGUUUGGAAAAGCAUUUGGGUUUGUACACACGUGGAGUUAAUUGUUUGGUUUUGUUUGACUAAUUUUGAUAGUUUUCGAUUGUUUUGUUUAAUUAGAAUUGUUGUUCAGUUAGCUCACUAAGAUCAGAGGAUUACCAUGGAUGCUGUCGAUCAGAUAAAAUUUCCCAGUAACAUGGCGAAAAAGAGGAAGGUUAGAAAGGUUAAUCUUUCGGUGGACAAGUAUGAGGUUGAUUCUUCCGAUGAAGAAGAUUUAAGAAACACUGUUGGUAAUAUACCAAUCGAAUGGUAUAAUGAAUAUGAUCAUAUUGGUUACGAUUGGGAUGGAAAGAAAAUUAUGAAACCUCAAGGAGAAGAAGGAGGUGAAAUUGAAGAUUUUAUCAAUAAGAUGGAAGAUCCUUACUAUUGGAGAACUGUAGAUGAUAAAAGUACAGGCAAAAAAAUCAUUUUAACCGAUGCGGAUAUUGAUCUUAUCCAAAGAAUCAGAAGAGGCGAUUUCCCUGAUCCCAAUUACAAUCCAUAUCCCAAUCAUAUUGACACUUUCUCUCAUGAAACAAUGCUUCAUCCAGUUGUGGAAUACAAUCUAAGAAAAGCCCAAUUUAGAGCAUCAAUCAGUGAGAAACGAUUGAUCAGUAAAUACAUUAGUAAAUAUAAGAAUGCCAAAAGACUUGGAUUGCUUAAACAGCGGCAAAAGAAAGACAAGAAUAGAUUUUCUUUCCAUUACGAUUUAUGGUCGAAAGAAGGUGAUCCAAAUCAUAAGAGACACAGACGACACAUACCUGCACCUAAAUUGUUACCACCAGGACAUGAAGAGUCAUACAAUCCACCGCCAGAAUAUUUGUUUGAUGAAGAGGAGCUGAAAAAAUGGACCGAAUCCGAACCGGAAGAGAGAAAAAUUAAAUUUAUCCCUGAGAGAUUUGAACGACUCAGACAUGUUCCAAGGUAUAAAAACUUUAUCAAGGAACGUUUUGAUCGGUGUCAAGAUCUUUAUCUCUGCCCUCGAAUGGUCAGACAUCGUGUAAAUGUUAACCCUGAAGAUCUUAUUCCAAAAUUACCAUCACCAAAGGAUCUUUAUCCAUUCCCGUGUAUUUUAUCACUUAUCUAUACUGGUCAUACUGAUGUGAUUCGAAGUAUCGACGUUGAGCCUGAGGGUCAAUUCAUGGUUUCGGGAAGUGAUGAUUGUAGUAUUCGUAUAUGGGAAGUGUCAACUGGUCGUUGUUUCAAGAAAAUUGAUUUUGAUUCUCCAAUUGAUUGUGUUAAAUGGUGUCCACUUAAAUCGCGAUCGUUAAUUGUUGCCUGUUCAAAGUUUGAUGUUUACAUUGUUUCCCCUGAAAUUGGUAAUAAAACAAUUUCCAGUGAAACGGAAAAGUUUAUUCAAGAGCUUGUUGAUAAGGAAAAAGAGGAAUCAGCUAACAUGGGAGGUACAAAGAGGUCAAGUUACAUUGAAUGGACAGUUGUUACUCAAGAAAGUGAUGAAAUUUUAUGGAACAAAGGAAUUCGUUUCAUAAUUAAACACGCAUUUGAGGUCACUCAAGUUUCAUGGCAUCACAAGGGUGAUUACUUUGCCAGUGUCGCUCCACAAGGUGCAAAUAAAGCGGUCGUUGUUCAUCAACUGUCAAAACUCAAAUCACAGGUUCCAUUCUCGAAGUCGAAAGGAAUCGUUCGAUGUGUCGCUUGGCAUCCAAAUAAACCCUUAUUCUUUGUGGCAACACAGAAACACGUCAAAGUUUACAAUUUAAUCAAACAAAUGUUAACGAAAAAACUUUACGCUAAUAGUAAUCUAAUUUCAAGUAUAGCAAUUCACCCUCAAGGGGAUAAUUUAAUUAUUGGCUGUUUCGAUGUUCGUCUAAGUUGGUUCGAUCUGGAAUUGUCUGAUAAACCUUAUAAAACGAUGAGAUACCACAAGAAAUCAGUUCGUCAGGUCGCUUACCACCCUCGAUAUCCGUUAUUUGCUUCAGCCUCUGACGAUGCAUCUACGAUCAUAUCUCAUGGAAGAGUUUUCGAUGAUCUCAACGAGAGUGCAUUAAUUGUUCCAGUCAAAGUACUCAAGGGACAUAAAUUGGUCGAUGGCGUUGGAGUAUUAGAUUGCUGCUUCCAUCCUAAACAGCCUUGGAUUUUUACUAGUGGUGCUGAUGCAACAAUUAGGCUUUAUACUCAUUAAUUUAAUUUCUUUAAUUGUUCUAAACCCAACAACAAUUGUCUAUAAAUCUUGAAAAACAAAACUUUGACAUAAUCAAUAUUUAAAUCUGACGCUGAUGAUGAUUAUCAAGUGAAUUAACAACAACAAUAUAAAAUACAAUGUUAAAUGUUAAAUGUAAAAA